GUUAUUUUCAAUGAAUCAUAUUUAAAUUUGCAAAAUAUAAUAGAUGAAUGAAGGGAUGUUUAUUAUUGUCAUAAGCUUCUGAUGCUUAAUGAAGUUAAAAUGGUAUUGAUUUAUCAAAUUAGAGACGAAGUUCUAAGGAUUAUCAAUAGAAUUCAUUUAUCUAAGUUUCAGAUGUAUUACUUACUUACUUACUUACGCCUGUUACUCCUAAUGGAGCAUAGACCGCCGACCAGCAUUCUCCAACUCACUCUGUCCUGGGCCUUCUUUUCUAAUUCCAUCCAAUUCUUGUUCAUUCUUAUCAUGUCUAUCUCCAUUUCCCGGCGUAAUGUGUUCUUUGGUCUUCCUCUUUUCCUUUGGCCUUGAGGAUUCCAUGUAAGGGCUUGUCUUGUGACGCAGUUGGGUGCUUUCCUCAAUGUGUGUCCUAUCCACUUCCAGCGCUUCUUUCUGAUUUCUUCCUCCGCUGGGAUCUGGUUUGUUCUCUCCCACAGUAGGUUGUUGCUAAUAGUGUCCGGCCAACGGAUCCGACGUGUUUUUCGUAGACAAAUGUUAUUAAACACUUGUAUGUUCUGGAUGAUGGCUUUCGUAGUUCUCCAGGUUUCUGCCUCAUACAGUAAAACUGUCUCGACACUUGUAUUGAAAAUCCUGACCUUGGUGCUGAUUGACAGUUGCUUUGAGUUCCCGAUGUUCCUCAGUUGUAAAUAUGCUGCUCUUGCUUUGCCGAUCCGCGCCUUCACAUCUGCAUCAGAUCCACCGUGUUCAUCAAUGAUGCUGCCCAAAUACGUAAAGGCUUUUACAGCUUCCAAAUCUUCUCCAUCAAUUGUGAUUGGAUUGGUGCAUGCUGUGUUGUAUCGGAGAAUCUUGCUUUUCCCUUUGUGUAUAUUGAGACCUACUGCUGUUGAGGCUAUUGCUACACUGGUCUUUUUCUCCUGCAUUUGUUGUUGCGUUUGGGAUAGAAGGGCCAGAUCAUCUGUGAAGUCUAGAUCGUCCAGCUGCAUACUAGAUGUCCACUGUAUCCCGUGCUUCUCAUCAGAUGUUGAUGUCUUCAUGAUCCAGUCGAUCACCAGGAGAAAGAGAAAGGUUGAGAGUAAGUAAACUUGCCUGACACCAGGCUUUUCUUCGAACAAGUUUGUCAACUUCAGAGGUAAUAGUUGAAUACUAUUAGUUAUGCUAGAUCUUGUGUAUUAAAUCAGUUUUC